CGCUGCGGUUCUAGCUUCUAGCACGAGCAGCUGUGCUUUCGGGUGGAAUUGUGCUGUGCUUGUGCCUACCUGUGCGGUCGCGAGUGGACGGUGCUCAGUGAGUGAGUGGUUGUUGGCGGAUUUGAUGUUUUUGUGAUUUUGCUUGUGGAGUUUAACUCCCUUGCCGGAUUUCUCAAGAACAGUUCUCGCAGGUUGGCGACUCUAGCGACACUAAUGGAAUGUUUACCCGAGAAGAGACUAUCCUAGCGUGAGUCGUGAAGGUGAUUGAUUGCGCAAGACGAGGCGAGGCUGAUAACCACGAGUGUGUGUGACUGAUAGCUGAUAGCGAUGGGUGACGAGCAAGGCAGUGAGGCGGAGAUGGGCAACAGACACGGGCCGGGCAAGAAGAAGAAGAAGGCGUACGUGAGUAACGGCGACGGCGAGGUGAGCGACGCAGAGAGCGACUACAGGUACGUGUCGAUCAUCGACGUGAACCCGCCGCCGUCGCAGUACGGCAGCGCCGCGGAGGAGUCGCUGUACCGCUCCAUAGAGGUCAACUCGCCGAACGGACACAACGGCGAGGUUUCGGUGAGCGCGAACAGCGGCGAAGUGCUCAAGUGCAGUGUGAUCAUAGGCGAGCAGCCGCUGGAGAACGGGCACUCAGUCAGUAGGAUCUCGGUGAACGGUGAUUUCGACAAGUUCAUGAUGGAUCCGGCCGAACACUUCCGGACGCCCAACGGGUCCUCGUCGUUCAUCGAGGGCGUGUCCGACGGCGAGCCGUCGGAGGAGAUCAAUGGGGUGCAGGAAAGACUCCCCGGACUGGACUCCGUGGACGGUUCGCUCCAGGAGGAGGUGGAACGGGUGGUCCGGGAGAAGCUCAAGAGACAGCGCAGCGGCAGCAGUGACUACUGGAAUCACGACGACUCCGACGACCACUGCAUCGUCGAUUUCCUGGACAAGAUAAACGACCACGCUGAGGCACGGUUGGCGGCCAAACGUCAGGCUCGUGCAGAGGCCCGAGAGAUCAGGAUGCGAGAACUGGAGAGGAUGCAGCGGGAGAGUGAGGAUGGCGACAAGGUCCACGACAUCUACUCGACUCCAGAUGCGGUGAACCGGUCAGUGCGAGCAGGGUCGGUAGCGACACCUCGCUCCUUGCUCUCGUCGAACAACAGCUACCACUCUUCACGCCGCAGUUCCGAGGACUCCCUGGAGGAGGUCAACAGUAUGCGAGAUGUGCGGCACGAGCUGAAGGAGCUGGAGGAGAAGUUCCGGAAAGCGAUGAUCGCCAACGCUCAGCUGGACAACGAGAAGGCGGCUGUAGCGUACCAGGUGGACCUGUUCAAGGAUCGGUACGAGGAACUGGAGGAGCAGAACCUGCAGUUGUUGAGGGAGCACAAAGAGACGUGUAGACAGCUGGAGCACACGAAGAGACACCGUACCAAGCUACAAGAGGACCUGGAAGUCACCAACACACAGCUCACGGAGCUAGUGCAACUGAUUCAGGAGAAGGGGUUGGUGGUGGUGGAGGGUGACUGUUCGUCAUCUGACGAGGAGAGUGAAGAAGCUGAGCCUCGCCCUAAGAAACGGCCAAAGAAGGCUCUGGUCUCGGCAGAGGUGGCAGAUGUGCUUCAGCAGGGUUCGGGCUCUCUAGAUGUGCGACUGAAGAAGUUCGUCGAGGAGCGCAACGAGUUGGUGGAUGAACUGCGCAGGGUCAAGAUGGAGCUGGAGGAGGAGCGAGCGCACUCCCGCGGUCGACACACCAACGGUCCCACUGACGACUCGGAGGACAUCCAGCGGGAAGCAAACAAACUGCUCGGAGACUACAAAUUCAAGCUACAAAAAGCCGAACAAGAUGUCAACACCCUGCAGGCCACUGUGGCCAGACUGGAGAGUCAAGUAGUUCGGUAUAAGUCUGCUGCGGAGACUUCUGAAAAAUUAGAAGAUGAAUUAAAAUUAGAAAAAAGAAAAUUACAAAGAGAGUUGCGGGAGGCGCAGGCCAGAGUCGAGGAGCUGGAGACCUCACACUCACAUCUACAACGGAGAUUGGACAAGCUCAAGAAUGCAAAGUCUGCACUCCUGAAGGACUUGUAGCACCAAGGAAUCGCCCCCCGCAAGAUGGGCGGCAACUCCUCGUGAUAGUUCCGGUCUCAGCCACUGCCACCCAGAGCUGUCCGGACCCGACUCAUGUACAUGGUGUAUAUAGCCCCAGACUGUACAGUCUCAAAACGCUGUUGCCAGUUUUGGGACAAAACAUAACCGCAUUGCCAACUCGAGUAAAUAACGUUAAUCGAAGUACUGCCAAGAAUUAUUUGAGAUAUGCUCAAAACGCUUUAUGGACUUGAUGUGUUAAAAUCAAAUAGUUUUUAAUUUUUCACGAAACCUUACCCGUACGAGACUAGGCACCAUUGCAAGAUAUACCGUCUGGUCGGCAAUUUGUGCAAUCUUGACAGCAGAUUAUAUUACUUAUUGUUCUGUAUUAGGCAUAUUAAAUACUAAAUCAUAUUAUCUACUGUAACAAAUUUUAAUUGGUGUCAGAAAAGUUUUAACCCAAAAUAACAUCAGAGGGAUGGGAAGCCCUAGUGUGAAGUCUCGGAUUAAACUAAUUGUUAAACUUAUUUAUUGUACGGUAGGAGAUUGUUGUAAAAAGUUGAGAUGAAAUGUUUUUAGAACUUUAUUUAUUAAAUGUAAUAUAUUUUGUUGAUUAAAUUAUCUUUAAAAAUGUUAAGGUUUAUCGUAAGAUUAUUUAUACUCUCUUAAGGUGUUGAAUUUCAAAUUCGUCCUUACUUUGGCUUUAAAUAUUUUAAUGAUUUGUUUGUCAGUAAAUCUUAUGUUAGUAAUUGUCCUAAAAUGUUAGUUUUCUUUUGGAUAGCAACAUGUUUGGUGUGUCUUUUUGUACCGGAUAUUAUUUCAGUUUAAACCCUCUGUUUCUAGAAGUACAUUGUGUGCAAAUUUCAAAUGUAUAUGUUUAAACCGUAAAGAUCAAUUGUUGUAAUUUAUAUUGUAGAAAGCCACAAAUUUACGUUAACUAGAAAGUAUAUACAAUUUUUUAAAGUGUUCAAGUUUAAAAAUCGUAUAAUUAUUUUACAAAAAAAAUAGUAAAACCCGUUUUUAUAAAAGCCUUUUAAUCCAAUCAGUUGUAUCAAUGUUCACAUAGUGUUUUUAGACUUAAAAUUUUAUCAAGUGGAAUAAUAUUUGAAUAUUUGGGUACACAUGUCAAUUAUCAUGCUAGAAUAUCCAAUGAACGUUUAAAUUAUAUUGGCUGUGGAAGAAAAUGAAUUUGCUGGGCCAAGUAGAUUUGUAUGUAAAAGCAAACAUAACCCAACCUAACAGAGACCUACUAAUCUAUGCAUUGUUGUAAGCUUAUGUGUGCUUGUGACUGUACAUUGCAGCACAGGACUGUUUGAACUGCCUGUCAGCUUCUAUUGUAUAUAGCUAUCAAUAUAAUGUUUAUACUGA